AUGUGCCCGUCUGAGAUGGGGACGCUGUGGCACCUCUGGUCUCCUGUGCUCAUCAGCCUGGCCGCCCUUUUCUCCAAAGUGACGGAAGGCCGAGGGAUCCUGGAGAGCAUCCAGCGGUUCUCGCUCCUGCCUACCUACCUCCCGGUGACCUACCACAUCAACAAUGCCGAUGUGUCCUUCUUCCUGAAGGAGGCCAACCAGGACAUCAUGCGCAACUCCAGCCUGCAGUCGCGGGUUGAGUCCUUUCUGAUCUACAAGUCCAAGCGGCUGCCGGUGCUCAACGCCAGCUACGGGCCCUUCUCACUUGAGCAGGUGGUGCCCCAGGACCUGAUGCUGCCUUCCAACCCAUUCGGAUUCACCAACACAUUCUCCCUCAACUGGAGGCUGAAGGCCUACAUCUUGCAGGAGAAGGUCUACCUGAGCCAUCCCAAAGUGCAGGUGCUCUUCCACGUUGUGGGCAGAGACUGGGAUGACCACAGGGACGAGAAGCUCCCCUGUCUGCGGGUCUUUGCUUUCCGAGAGACCAGGGAGGUUCGGGGCAGCUGCCGGCUAGGUGGAGCCUUGGGACUGUGUGUGGCCCAGCUGGAGAUGCUGCCUGGCUGGUUCAGUCCCCCUACAGUUGUGUCUGGGCGCAGGAGACCCACAGAGCAGCCAGAAGGGAGUCCCGUGGAACUAUAUUAUGCAGUACAGCCAGGGGAUGAGCGAGGGGACUGUGCCAAGGAGGACUUGAGGAAGGGUGGUGGCACUCUGACAGGCCACAAUGAUGUUGAUGAAUCCAGCCCCCCUUUGCACAGAAUUGGGAGUGUCUUCCUUCGCGAGACCCCCAGCAGUCCACCUCUGAGGGAACUGCGUUUAGAUAGCAAUGUGGCCGUUCAUUAUGUCCCUAAGACUGUACGACAAGGAGACGUACUCACCUUCCCCAUCUCUGUCUCCAGGAACUGCACGGAGGAUCACUUCACACUGAGGGCCAAGGUUAAGAAAGGAGUGAGCAUCAUUGGGGUGAGAGCCAGCAGCCCUGCCAUCUGGGAUGUCAAGCAGAGCUCAGAAUAUACUGGGAAGUAUGCACCAGCUGUCAUAAUUUGUCAGAAGAAAUCGGCUGGCUCAGAGAAGAGUGUGGAUGAUGCCUCCUACGAAGUCAUGCAGAUUGACGUCGAGGUUGAAGGACCCAGUGACCCACCCACCACACAGCUUGUCACGUGGCAGGUUGAAUACCCAGGAGACAUCACGUCUGACUUGGGGGUGUCCAAGAUCUAUGUGAGCCAGAAGGACUUGAUUGGGGUCAUACCACUGGCAAUGGAGGCAGAGAUACUGAACACAGCCAUCCUCACUGGGAAGACAGUGGCAGUCCCUGUGAAGGUGAUCUCCGUAGAGGAAGAUGGCACGGUGCAAAGUCUGUCGGACUCGGUGGAGUGCAGGUCAGCAGACGAAGACGUGGUUAAGGUUUCUGACAGAUGUGACUAUGUCUUUGUCAAUGGGAAGGAAAUGAAGGGCAAGGUGAAUGUGAUAGUCAGCUUCACCUACCAGCACCUGAGCAGCCCCCUGGAGAUGACAGUGUGGGUACCACGGCUACCACUGCAGAUUGAGGUCUCAGACAUGGAGCUGAACCAGAUCAAGGGCUGGAGGGUCCCUGUUGUCUCUAACAAAAGGCCAGCUCGGGACAGUGAAGAGGAAGAUGAUGAUGAGAAAAAGGGCCGAGGCUGCACCCUCCAGUACCAACAUGCCAUGGUGCGAGUCUUGACCCAGUUUGUGGCCGAGGCACCUGAUCCCGGGGGACACCUGGCCUACCUGCUGGGCUCUGACUGGCAGGUGGACAUCACAGAGCUGAUAACUGACUUCAUGCAGGUGGAGGAGCCCAGGAUCGCCAAGCUACAAGGAGGGCAGAUCCUGACUGGCCAGGAGUUGGGCAUGACCACCAUCCAGAUCCUGUCCCCUCUGUCAGAUGCCAUCCUUGCCGAGAAGACCAUCACUGUGCUGGAUGAGAAGGUGACCAUCACAGACCUCGGGGUCCAGCUGGUAACGGGGCUUUCACUGUCCCUGCAGCUCAGCCCCGGAAGCAACAGAGCCAUUUUCGCCACUGCAGUGGCUCAGGAACUUCUGCAGAGGCCCAAACAGGAAGCAGCCAUCAGCUGCUGGGUGCAGUUCAGUGAUGGCUCUGUCACACCCUUGGACAUUUACGACGAAAAGGAUUUCUCCCUGCUGGCCACAUCCUUGGAUGAGAAGGUUGUCUCCAUUCUCCAGGACCCCAAAUUCAAGUGGCCCAUCAUCGCUGCAGAAAAUGAAGGACAGGGGGCUCUGGUAAAGGUGGAGAUGCUGAUCAGUGAAUCUUGCCAGAAAUCUAAGCGGAAGAGCGUGCUGGCUGUGGGAACAGCCAACAUCAAGGUUAAAUUUGGGCAAAAUGACGGGAACCCCAACAGCAGUGAGAGUGGACACCUUGGGGCCGGCCUUCAUGUGGAGAAUAUCAAUGAGAGGCGGUCCAAAAAGCCUUUGCAGGAAUGGGGGAGCCCCGAAGGGCCGUAUUACAGCAGCUCCUCCAUGGGGCUCAUGGAGGGAUGGGGCAGUACAACCAAAAGGCCAACCUUCCAGAAGAAGGAAGGCCAGGAAAGCUUGUUAGAUGACAUCAUCCUCUCACAGACCAUGGCCACAGACUUCACCAGCUUCCCCGACCAGGUGGAUCUCCCCAGGAGCAACACGGGCUCUGAGGAGCACGACCCCGACCAAGCAGCCAAGGGCUUGAGUGACCUAGAAAUCGGGAUGUAUGCUUUGCUGGGUGUCUUCUGCCUGGCUAUCUUGGUGUUCUUAAUUAACUGUGUGACCUUCGCCCUGAAGUACAGGCACAAACAGGUUCCCUUUGAGGAGCAAGAAGGUCUGAGUCACUCUCAUGACUGGGUUGGGCUGAGCAACCGGACAGAGCUCUUGGGGAACCCCAUGAACUUCGCCUCCUCCCAAGAGGAACAGAUCACUGCCAUUGACAGGGGUCUGGACUUUGAGGAGAGCAAACUGCUUCUCAGCUCAAAUUCCCAGAGCAGCAUCAACGGACAGCUGUUCAGGUCCACGGGAGCCAUGCUCACGGAUGGGGAUGAACAGAAAAGCGAACCCCCCACAUCCCCUACCUCCAAAAGGAAAAGAGUGACGUUCUCCACGUUCUCUGCCAUCUCCUCGGAUGAUGGGUGUUCUGCUGGGAACACCAUGGUGUUGAGUAAUGAGGAUGACAUUAAGUGGGUCUGCCAGGCCCUGGACCCCGGGGAAUGCCCAGAACCUCACAGUUGCAUGGAGAGGCUACAUGAGCACGUGUAACGCGGACACCAAUGUUGUUCUUACCUUUCAGCCUUGAACCCACCCGGGUAUGGGGAGUAGACAUGCAGCCAAGGGAAACAUGAGACAAGAGGACACCAUAAGGGUGACACUCUCCAUGGAUCCUUGGGAAAUGAUCCCCUCUUAGCUGAGGAGGCCCAGAGUUGGUACCCAUGCAUACGCCAUUGCGCACAAUGUUCUGGUUCGACUUACGAGGUUCAUUGUGCAUGGGAAAGCGUUUUCAAACCUGGAACAAAGAUGUGCAUUUGAGGGUUCUCAGGGAAGAACUCUCUCCCUUUAAUCUAAGCAAUUUGGUUUUCUGGUGAGAUCCACGCUGCUUUGGGAGUCAAUAUUUCAAACCAUGAUAAUAAAAAAAAGCAAG